CACUGGUGGGCAGCACUGGUGGGUGGGCACAGGUGGGUGGCACUGGUGGGCACAGGUGGGUGGCACUGGUGGGCACAGGUGGGUGGCACUGCUGGGCACAGGUGGGUGGCACUGCAGAGUGGGGCACAGGUGGGUGCACUGCUGGGCACAGGUGGGGGCACUGCUGGGCACAGGUGGGGGCACAACGGGUGUGGUGGCACUGCUGGGCGCAACUUGCGGGUGUCACUGCUGGGCACCGAUCAUCAGGGCACUGAUCACAGUGCCCUGAUGGGUGCCGAUCUGCUGGGACAACUGCCGGUGGGCAGUACUUUCCUCACGAUCUGACAGCAGAGCGCGUUCAUGGGGG